CUGAAAAUUAUGGAUCUUCCAUUGAUAUUGAUCAUGGAUAUACUGUCUAGACUUCCAGUCAAGUCUCUUUUAUGCUAUCGUUGUGUAUCUAAAUCAUGGAAGUAUUUAAUCGACGACCCUUAUUUCAUCAAGCUCCAUCUGCAGUACUCCUUGGAAAAUACCACUAAUCUUGCCUUGAUCAUAAGAGCCGGUUAUCUUUACUCGGCACACUUCCCUGGACUCAAUGAGGCUAUUGUGAUAGACCAUCCUUUGAAAUGUGGAGAUAUUGGAACUGAGGUUUUGGGUUCUUGCAAUGGGCUACUGUGUUUGUCAAAUGGGGAAAGACAUGGUAAAAAUGGUACAAUUAUCUAUAAUCCAGUAACCAGAAAGUCCCGGGAAGUGCCUGCUUCGAAACUUAAAAUCCCCUAUGGAUAUGAGUACGUGAUAUAUGGCUUUGGUUAUGACCUUGUUAAUGAUGAUUAUAAGGUGGUUAGGGUUAUUCAGUAUUCUACGGAGCAUCCUGACUUUUAUGAUAGUGAAGUCAAGGUUUUUAGUUUGAAGGCAAACUCUUGGAGAAGGAUUCAGGACUUUCCUCGGGAAUAUUACCUUUCUUACAAAAGGGGAUGGGGGGUUUAUGUCAGUGGCUGUUUACAUUGGAUGGUAACCUUGAAGCCUGACUCAAAUGGGUCCAAAUUGAUUGUUGCAUUUGAUCUAAGUUCGGAAGUUUGUAAGGAUGUGUUACUUCCUAAGAUUUCAGCUGGUGAAGUUCAUUUGACUGUCGAAGUCUUGGGUCAGUGCUUAUGUCUCCUAGUCAAUUAUCCUUCCAUUCGGAGUGAAGUGUGGGUCUUGAAAGAGUAUGGUGUAGUGGAAUCUUGGUCUAAGUUGUUCACAGUUUCACAGCCAGAUAGUAUUGGACCUUUUGAAUAUGUGAGGCCUAUUGCUUACUCAAAGGACAGUUUUAAAGUGCUCCUUGAACAAGACCUACAAAAGUUUAUUUGGUAUGAUGUGGAAAGGCAAAGUGCUGCAGAUGUGAAAAUCCCUGGUAUGCCAUCACAUCCAGGAGCAACAAUGUUGGUUGAAAGCCUUGUACUUGGUAGUCGUAAGACACACAUGAAAAAGCGGUAUAGAUAUUACUCUCCUUUUUCUUUUGCUUGCAUGUAUGUUGUUUAGAAUCCUGUUUCUAUUGAAUGUGUGUGUAUGAGGCCCGGUGUGGGCACAUAUAUUCUCUUCUGUUGAAUAUAUGUUAGUUGUAGGUUAUUCCAAUAUAUGUGUUAGUUUUCUAUCAAGGUGCCAUUAAAUGUCUUUAAUUCUAUCCUAUUGGCAUGUAAUAUUAGUAGUAUCAAGAUGUUUCAUUUCAAUAAAACGAAUAAAAUUUCAAGCUUGAGGUAGGUGAUCUUUUGAAACCAUGUUUUGUUAGAUGGACAGUCCUAUAGUCUUCAAGUCCUUAGGGGCAUGGUUUUUUUCCUCCUUAUUAAUAAGGUAAUAGUAAUGAAACAUUCAGUUGAGGCUUAAUUUAUUCACCCAAGUCUCGUUUGUGUAGAAAUUUGAUCAUGAAAACAUUUCUUAUUAAUUGUUCCUUGUAAAAUUCCUUUAAUUAAGCAAGUAGUCUAAGCAGGAACUUUUCUUAUGCUUUAGCUAAGUUACAUAACCAAUAAGUUCAUCCACAUAAAUUUCUUACUCUAUGUUUUCAUUGCAAACUCUUUUAUGCAAUUCUUGGAAGAAUUUUUUUAUGCUUUAACAAAUUUCUUCAUGGUGCCCUCUGCACACCAAGAAGGCAAGAACAUAUAUAUCACCUAUUCUGGUUUUUUUUUUUUCCCUCAAUGACAUAGGAAGUGUGAAAUUGUGAAAGUAUUGUGUGUGUUGAACACCUACUUUUUGUUUUUGUGAAUUCUUCGGGAAAUACUCACUACCUUCGUUUUUUUUAGUUGACACGUUUUGACUUUAGCACUAUUCAUACACUCCCCUUUAUCGUGUUUUGUGCUCUAUACAUAAUGAAAAAUAUUAACAUGUAGGAUUUUGUUAGAUUCGUCAUAGUAUAUAAAUUCAAAAUAUCAACUUUUC